AUGGGACAACAAUCGUUAAUCUACAGCUUCGUCGCUCGGGGCACGGUGAUCCUCGCCGAGUAUAAAGAGUUCAAGGGAAAUUUCACCUCCGUCGCUGCUCAGUGCCUCCAGAAGCUUCCGUCCUCAAACAACAAGUUAACUUACAACUGCGACGGCCACACUUUCAAUUACCUCGCCGAGAAUGGCUUCACGUACUGUGUCGUCGUUGUUGAAUCUGCUGGGAGGCAGAUACCAAUGGCUUUCUUGGAGCGAGUCAAGGAAGAUUUCAGCAAGAGAUAUGGCGGUGGGAAAGCUUCAACUGCUAAAGCUAACAGCUUGAACAAAGAAUUCGGGUCUAAACUGAAGGAGCACAUGCAAUUUUGCGUGGAUCAUCCUGAGGAAAUCAGCAAACUUGCCAAGGUAAAGGCACAGGUGACUGAAGUGAAGGGUGUUAUGAUGGAGAACAUUGAAAAGGUCCUUGACCGUGGAGAGAAAAUCGAGCUAUUAGUAGACAAAACUGAGAACCUUCGCUCACAGGCGCAAGAUUUCAGAACGCAAGGAACAAAGAUGAAGAGAAAAAUGUGGCUUGACAACAUGAAGAUCAAGCUCGUGGUUUUUGGCAUCAUCGUCGCUUUGAUUCUCAUCAUUUUCUUGUCGAUUUGCCAUGGCUUCAAGUGUACUUAA